AUGUCUGUUGCCUCUGCCACUGCCGCUCCCGUUCUUCCUGAUCAUGUCAAGAAGCCCAAUGAAGAGGAAUUCAAGAAGGCGUUGGCUGAAGUAAAUGCUAAUAUCGAGAAGCUUCAAAAGCAAUUUGAUGCUGUCAGAGAAAAGAUCAAUAAGCUCCCUCAAAAGAACGACAAUGCCCGUCGUGAAGAGAUCAAGGCAGAGUUGAACGAGAUUCGUGAUAAGCAAGCUGCCCUCAAAAAGACCCGUAAAGCUGUUUACGAACAAUUGGACGCUAUCAAUGAUUCCAUCAGAAAUAAGGUUGGUUCUAUCAAGGGCUUCCAAACCAAGAUCCCCUUCAAGACCACUGAGGAAGUGGAUGCUCGCAUCGCUGAACUCGAGAGCAAGAUUGAAGCUGGUGUCAGAAUUGUCGAGGAAAAGAAGAUGUUGCAAGAGAUCUCUUUGUUGAAGCGUAACCGUCUUUCAGUUGAGGAUGUUGAUGGUCAACAAGCAGCUAUUAACAAGGAAAGAGAGAUUUACGGCGAGCUCAAAAAGAACAUUGAUGAUUCUGAGGCCAAGAAGCUGAGCGAUCGUUACGAGGAACUUGAUGCUGAGUUCAAGCUGCUUCAUGCUGAUCAGUCCAAGCAGCGUGAAGCUCGUAACCAACUCUACGACGAACGUAGCCGUCUCAAGGCACUGUUGGAUGAGGAGUACCAAAAGAUGCGUACCAUGCGUGAUGAACACCGCAAGAACAAUGAUGAAUACUACACUUUUGUUCGUCAACUAAGAGAAUACAAGCGUGAGCAAGAGCAGCUCCGUAAGGAACAAGAAGAAAACGAGAAGCGUCAAGAAGCUGCCAAACAAGAAUUGGAAUUGGCUGCUUUACCUGCUUUUGAGAGUGAAAUCGCUCUUUGCGAUAACCUCGCCAUCUUUUUGGAAAGUUUUGUCUCAUCUGGUGCAGACAAGAAAUCGCAACAAGAACCCUCUGUCAAUGCUGCUGCUGAUGCCUUUGAUGGUAUGGUGAUCAAGAAGCGUGAUGAAGAAGAUUUCUUUGUCGGUAAGAGCAAAAAGAAGCAACAACAAAAGCAAAAGGACCCCAAGGACAAAAAGUCAGAUUCCCUCAAGUUACCCCUUGCUACCAUGGAGGCUUUCUUUGAUAUCAAGGUCACUGUGCCUACCAAGAUUUCUGAAAUCCCUGCUACUCUUACUAAACUCAGGGAGCGCAAGGAAUAUUAUAUCGCUGAACAACCCAAGGCUACCGAGUUAAAUAAAAAGAAGGCCGAGGAAAAGAUCAAGGCCAUGGAGAAGGAAGAGGAGGAACAAAAGAAGGCUGAAGCCGAAGCUGCUGCUGCUGCUACUGCCGAGAAGCAGGAAGCAUCAACUGAGGAAAAGAAGGAAGAAUAA